AUGUGGAAAGAGUGGCGCUGGCUCGUACUGAUCCUCAAUACUGUUGCUGCUUUGUCACCUGUCAUUAAAAUAGAAAUAAAAACUAGAACACAUUUUGCGAUAUUGUGUAGUAGACUUUAUAUAAAAGCAAUUUUUCCAGGAGCUAUAUUCACUGAAGAAGCUCGCGGUGGUAGUUCAGAGUUGGCUUUCAAGUACGCGGUGUACAGGAUAAAUAAAGAAAGAAAUUUACUGCCGGAGAGCACCCUCGUGUACGACAUACAGUACACUACUGCCAGAGACUCCUUCAGGACAUACAAGAAAGCUUGCACUCAAAUAAAAUCCGGUGCUAUAGCAAUCUUUAGCAGUGCUGGGCCACUGCUUGGUUCUACUCUGUCAGCUAUGUGUCGUACUCUGCACGCACCACAUUUAACAGUCGCCCCCCAUGUGGUUGAGAGUCCAAACACAACAGACUACACGAUCAAUCUAUACCCAUCUAGAGAACUUUUGGACACAGCGUUCGUUGACCUCACCGCUUUCCUAAACUGGACGAGGAUGGGUAUUAUAUAUGAGGAUUACGGAAGCGGGGAAUUAAACAUAGUGCGCCUGGCGAGAGAUGGUCGCGAUAUGUACGCCGUGAGGUGUGAGUCACGUGACUACAGACGUGCGCUCGCGCAGCUGAAGGCUCAGGAUAUAAAGCAUAUUAUUGUUGACACUGACCCGAAGCAUUUGAGGCUACUUUCGAGGGCUAUCUUGCAGUUGCAAAUGAACAACGAAAACUAUCACUACAUAUUCACGACGUUCGAUAUGGAGUUAUUUGACCUGGAAGAUUUUCUUUAUAAUCGCGUCAAUAUGAGCGGCUGGCGUUUAGUAGAUCGGGACUCAGAUAAAGUUAAGGAUGUGCUUACAGUUAUGGAGAAAUUCCAUCCUAUUGGAGCAUCAAUACUCAGUGGUGGCCAUAUUAAGACGGAACCGGCACUUCUCUACGACGCAGUCCAAAUCCUUGCGUUAGCGCUAGCUUCGACUCGCGAUGUUAGCGCCACUAACGCAUCUUGCGACACGGAAACAACUAUUGCACACGGCAGUGAGCUUUUGGAGAACAUAAAUAAGGUCCAAGCACACGGUCUGACUGGUCCUAUCGCAUUUACCAACGGCAACCGUAAUACAUUCAAUCUUCAGUUAAUGAGAUUAUCAGCGGAACGUAAGGCUGCUGUGUUAGCAGGGCAUUGGACCAAAAAAGGGGGUUUGGAAGUCACUGACCCCGCUGCAUAUAGAAGAGACCCACCACCGAAUGUUACACUUACUGUGGUUACUGUAGAGGAGAAACCUUACGUUAUGGUGAAGGAAGGAUGGAAUCUUCAAGGUAACGCUCGUUUUGAGGGUUUCUGUAUUGAUCUGCUAGCGAGAGUAGCUGCACGCGCUGGGUUCAGCUAUAGACUACGACUGGUUCCUGGAAAUGUGUACGGAGCGAGGGAUCCCGCGACGGGACAAUGGAAUGGAAUAGUUAGAGAACUUGUGGAUCGGAAAGCUGACAUCGCGGUAGCCUCAAUGACUAUAAACUAUGCUCGAGAAGCGGUCAUAGACUUCACCAAGCCAUUCAUGAAUUUAGGAAUUGGAAUACUCUUCAAGGUGCCUUCAUCACAACCGACUCGUCUGUUCAGUUUCUUAAAUCCGUUGGCAGUUGAGAUCUGGCUGUACGUCCUCGCUGCCUACAUACUAGUCAGCUUCACGCUUUUCGUGAUGGCCAGAUUUUCGCCUUAUGAAUGGUCCUCAAGCACUCAUAUAUGCGGUCACGAAACCAAACUGCUAACGAAUCAGUUUAGUGUUUGCAACUCAUUCUGGUUCAUCACCGGAACUUUCCUAAGACAGGGUUCUGGUUUGAAUCCUAAGGCAACAUCGACUCGAAUAGUUGGCGGCAUCUGGUGGUUCUUUACGCUGAUCAUUCUGUCUUCGUAUACUGCUAAUUUGGCAGCAUUUCUGACCGUGGAGCGAACAGUGCUGCCCAUACAGAGUGCUGCUGAUCUUGCAGCACAGAACAGCGUGCAGUACGGAACGUUGAGUGGAGGAUCCACUAUGACUUUCUUUAGGGACUCAAACAUAGAUAUAUAUCAGCGUAUGUGGGAUCAUAUGUCACGCGCUUCACCUCCUGCGUUAGUAGCGUCAUAUGAGGAGGGCGUGCGUCGAGUGUUAGCGGGUAAUUACGCUUUUCUUAUGGAAUCAACUAUGUUGGACCACCGCGUGCAAAGAGACUGCAACCUUACUCAAGUCGGCGGGCUACUAGACUCUAAGGGUUACGGAAUAGCCACUUGGAAAGGUAGCCCAUGGAGAGAUAAAAUAUCACUCGCAAUAUUAGAGUUACAAGAAAAGGGGGUUAUUCAGAUAUUAUACGAUAAAUGGUGGAAAAAUACUGGCGAUGUGUGCAACCGGGACGGCAAGGAUAGCAAGGCGAAUCCAUUAGGAGUACAAAAUAUUGGUGGUGUUUUCGUGACAUUACUGUGCGGUCUCGUGCUUGCGAUAGUUGUCGCUAUUCUUGAAUUCUGUUGGAACACAAAGAAAAAUGCAUCACAAGGAAGACAGUCGCUCUGUAGUGAAAUGGGUCAGGAGCUAAGCGCUGCUCUUCGCGGCGGUAAGACUCGCUCUGCCCCCCGACCUUGCUGCACGCGUUGUGAUCGCGGCACACAUGUACCAACGGGAGAUGUUUGUGAGUACUGUCGAGUUGAAGGAGUUGAGAUGGUCAUAGCGGUCAGCGCGGCGCGGCGCAUCCGCCCCCGCGUCACCCGCGCCCGCGUCCGCUCUACGAAGACCUCCAGGUUCCUACAGCACACUGAAACGAACAACCUCAUACGUUCUCAAAGAACCUCGAGAGAAAAAACAUGUUCAGAUUAUAGCUUAGAUAAUGUAUGCACUCUCUCCCUGGCUUCGGCGACGGGAAUACAAAUGCUUUUUCCCGAUCUGAAACAAUACAAUUUCGUUGUCAAAACAAAUAUAUCAACGGGAGUGGCUCACAGGGAUUCUUAUUGGACUUUGGAGGGCAGACUAGUUGUUCUUGUGGAUGAUAAUUAUUAUACAACAGUUCAAUGUAAAUUGGAAGAUUUGAAGACAUCUGUGUACAGUUAUAACACCGGUUUUUCAUCGUAUCACACCCCAGAAGCGGCGAGGGAAUUGGAAGAGCCGUGGAAAAUUAUUUAUCAGGAGAACGGCUUCAUAAGUGCAAUACAGCAUUUACCAAACGAAAAAGUUUGGGUGACCAAUAUAAAGAGAGCCAUAUCUGUUAACUUUCAAUUGAAAAAGGACACCGGUUCUUAUACAAAUGAAGAGCCAUGCUUGUACGAGAGUUGUGUUAUGGUGUACUCGGUGCAAGGGAACACAAUCAAGAAGUAUAACUCCUAUCAGAAAGCCUCUAUGACAUCACAGACGAGCUGGAGUUCCGUACCUUGGAGUGGAGAUUACGGGAGGGGGGUGCCUGAGAAUAUAGCGACGUCGCAACGCGUGUAUGAUCUUGAUGAAAAGGGUCUGAACUGUUUGAAUAUGAAAGGUCUGUUUGAGUACAUAGUGGACGGACAUGUGCUCACGGUUACGACUGAGCUAUCCCUCUACCGUGAUUCGGAAUCAUCUUUGCCGGCAAAAAAAUAUGUAUUAGAAGGAGCUCAAGUCAGCAGCAUACAAUACAUUGCUGGCGGUUUCGAUGAUCCUACGAAUGGAAUAAAAAUUAUAUCUCAAGAAGAGUUGAAGAAUAAAACUUAUGAGAUUUUGCUUAAAAUAGCAACUAAAGGAAUAGACGCUGAUAAUAUUGUCAAAGAUGCAACGCUUAUACACAGCAUGGAUUUCAUUGACCUGAUAAAUACAGUAACAAAACUAUCAUAUACGACACUCGUCAAACUUUUCGAAGAUUUAGUCCUGGGCACUAGUUACGACUUGGAGACAGCAAGAAAUAUCUUCCUAGAAGUAAUUCCGCACGGAAGGAGCAAUGCUUGUGCAAAAUUUAUAAAAUACCUUGUUGUUAAGGAAAAGGAGAAUAUAGAAGAUGCAACAAUUCUAUCACUGAUUCGUAAGCUGCCAUUCAACAUAGCGAACCACAGUCAGGCGCUUCUUGAGGACAUGGAAACUCUCAGCAAGUUGGGUCUGGACUUCCCUCAAGAGAUAAGACAUGCUGGGAUACUAUCAUUUGCGAUAAUGGUGUCACAUUGCGUGGAGGCUAUGAAGGUCAAACAGGACUAUUUUGACAGCAUUGUAGUCAAAUACUUUAGAAUGUACAGCGACUGUCCUCAAUAUCUGGAUCGUCUCAUUUGGCUCCAAGGACUUUGCAGUUUGGGUUACACAUCAGAGUCAUAUAUACGGACGAUAUACGCUGACAAAACAAGAAAUAGGCAUGAAAGAUUGUGGGCAUCACUGGCUUGUGGACAAGAUACCAGAGGAUUUAAUGUCUUAGAAACUUCUUUGCCAAUCUUAAUGGAUGACAACGAGCACAUCCAACUUCGUAUAUCAGCUCUCCACGCCAUUCUUAGCUCGGGGAUAAGAGAAAGUGACUUUCUUUUCCUCCACAACUGGAUAUCUACUAGCCGACCUGAGCUCCAGAGAUUCUGGUACUCAACUGUCAAGAGCCUUGAAAGCAACAAAUUCCCUAAGUAUAGAACCAUAUCAGAUUACAUUCCGUUCGUCUCAAAGGACGUCGUUAACCCUGACUCAUCACUGUGGGGCACCAACAACUACAUCGUCAGUGGUGAUGAGCUUAGUGGCUGGGUUCAGGUGAUGACUGUUGGAAACCCAGCUCCAACCCUUGCAGCGCUGUCUGUUUCUACUGGAGGACGACGGGCCUAUCAGGCCUCGGUAUACAUUAUAGCUGAAGGAGUGCAGGUUGAUAAAGUGAGGAAGUGGAAACAAAGUGAUCUCAAAGUCGAUAAUUUAUUAAAAAUCCUGGAGAGAUUGAAUGUGCGGAAUUUGAAGACAUCAGAAGAAGUUCACAUAGACGUUGUUAUUAAAGUUCAGGACAAAACAGUUUAUGCCACGCACAUCAACCAGACGAGGUUUGAAUCAUGGAACGGAUACGAUUUGACGAAAUCGAUCACGGAGUUUUUGAGAUUCGGCAGUCACAUAAACCAACAAAUAGCAUACUAUCCAAUCCAGAUUGAUGUCAAUGUACCCAGCGAUUUAGGCACACCCAUCCGCCUUCAGUCAUCUGUGGUAACCUUUACUUCGAUUCGAGGAAACCUCACCUCCAACCCGGACAGCGGACUUGCACUAGAUUGGGUUAACGACUUACAUAUACGACAUCAAGCGACAAUAACAACAGCGCUAUCAACAAUCGCGCCGUUACUGCAAUCGGAACACGAAGUACGAGUCCAGCGUUCCGCGGUGGCGCAUCUACCAAUCAAAUUUAACGUCACUAUGGAACAAUAUGCUAAGUCUAUAGCUUUAACCUGGUUGAAUCCAUUCGCUCAACGUGCCGGUUUCGCCAUCCACUCCUGGAUCCAAGUACACAUGGACGCCAGGCAGCCUGAUCUGUACACAAUCUCCAGUGGAAUUACUACUGAUGAUGACAGUGGCAUCUUCUUCGACUGUGAGAGAAAGACUUCAGGCGCUGAGGUGGUUGAGAAAUAUAUCAUGUCCAAGUUCAUGAGCUAUGAUCUGUUUCCAACCAAACAUAUCCUUAAUACAAUAUCUCGCUUCAUAACCUCUUGUGGAGUGAUCAUACCUCCCAAUCGACCUGUGGGCGGGGAAGACGAAAUGGUUCACGUGGAAUUUACCCUAGGAGACAUUGUGUUCCAGAAAGUGGAUAAGAUAGAAAUGGAAUUUGACUUCAUGUUGAAGUAUUAUAGUAUAAAUGAUCCAAAUAAACAGAUUUACCUAAAAAUUGAUUCCAAUACCAAAAUAAAGAGCGCGGGGAGGAAUCUUUUUAUCAAAUGGUUCUUGUACGUCAACCAGCCAUACUCUUUGGAUCCGAAGAAGAAGUUUUGGAAGCUUUGUUAUACCCAAAAAGACACGAGCCACGCCCCAUCCGACCAAGACAUCACCAUCAAUCCAUCUUCAUACCACGGGACAUCGAAGAUAUUGUAUCAGACAUCAGACGAAUACAACCAAUGUGAUCCAAAUGAGACAAGACUUAAUGAGUCCAUUGAGACAAAACUUCAGUUGAACUACAAAGGAACGCCGAGAAACGACAGAGGGACCAUCGAAAGAUAUGUCGAAGUUGACAUUUUGGGAGAGAAUUUGCAUAACUUCGAUCUGCUGCAUAAUUUGGGCUACGGAGUCAAGACGCCAGUCGCUCAAUUGUUAGGAAGCUUCGACAAGAACAAAAUUAAUACUACAUCAGUUAUUAAGGAAAAAGAUGGUAUAGCAUCUAUUCGUGUGAAUGGUGGUGUUGAGGUGGAAAUGUAUGUGGGAGGUCUAUCCUGGCUGUUGGAUAGCUGGACGGCCAUGCAGCUCAUGAGGAGGUUUGGAUUGUAUCGUGAAUGUCGUCUUCAAGAAUCCACGGUCCAGAUGCUGUCAGGUUCUGUGGAACAGCUGCAACCUCUACAGUGUUCAGAAAGCCUGGUACUUGCUGAUUGCUCUGUGUCUCCGAGGUUCGUCAUUCUCCGGAAACAAGACGGCGGUAUUCAACUGUACGACGGGGACUAUCCAUCUAAAAAUGCAACGAGCGUACAUUCUUCAAAAGUCACGGAUUAUAAGUCCAUCUUGGAAGUUGGAACAAAAAUCCUUUCAGAAUCGACAGGUGUACUCCUGUAUAAGAGAUUUAAUGAGACAGUGAUCUUAUUGCCAUCUUCCUACAUGCAUUCAGUGUGCGGAGAAUGCGCUGGACAUACGAAAUAUAAUAAUUGUUAA